AUGGAAUUGGAUGAUGUGGAUGCCAUCACUGUCGGAAAGUACGUGUACUGGAUGGGCCAGGAUGACGAUAUCCCGCGUGGUCAUUUGGGAGAGGUGACCAAGGUGGAUGGCGACGACCGAAAGGUGAGUUUUCCGGACGGAAGCUACACCAUCCCAGCGCGCAAGCUGAAUGUGUGCAACCUGCAGAAUGGCACCUUUGUCCACAUGACCAGGGACGGAAUUAGCUCGGAGCUAAUUGGAGAAGUGAAGGGAUUGGAGGAGGACAGUUUGCAGGUGGAGAUCAAAGGUGAGAUCCUCAACGCGCAAGCGAAGUAUUUGAUCCGCAGUGAGCUCCAGCCACACCGCUUGGUCUACCGGAGCGGCUCCGACUUCACCGAGCUCGGGCGAAUCUAUCCGGAUGUCAAUGAGGAGGGCCAAGUGAAGGUGAAGUUUGGCUCCAAGAAGUACUUCGCAGGGCUCAGGGACUUGGUCCGUGCACCGGUUCAGCUCGGGACUUUUGUGAUGUGGAUGAAGGCCGAUGACGAGGUGGCUCGAGGCGAGAUUGGCGUGGUGAAACGCUUGGAGGAUGGGCAGCCAGUGGUGAAAUUCCCGAAUGCUGAGCGUGCCUUCCGGCCCCACAGCUUGAUCCCAAUCUCCGUCCAGAAAGGUGAUUUCGUCACAUGGGAUCACAAUGAUGAUGACGUACCUGAAGGGCAUGUGGGGCAGGUGGUUGGCCUGAAGUUGGAGGACUCGAGAUUGAGGGUGCAAUUCCCAAAUGACACAUGGAGCUUCAAAGAGGAGGAGCUUCACCGUUGCCCCAUCCAGCCGGGAAACUUCGUGACCUGGGUCAAGGAGAACUCUGACAUCCCAGAUGGCGACCUGGGGGAAGUGGUGAGAAUGAGCGGAGAAAAGAUAGCUGUCCAAUGGCCGCAGGGGAGGUGGAGCAUGGCACCGACCUCUCUAGAGCGGUUUGCCUUCCAGAAAGGGGACCGGGUCCGCUGGAGCAAAGCAGACGAGGACAUUCCUGAGGGCUCCAUCGGACAGGUGAUGGGCAUCCACUAUGAUGACGAUGGCCGUGGCAAGGACCUGUUCGUGAACUUUCCCAUGGGGCGCUGGCGCUUUGCGCCGGAGAGUCUGGUGAGCCUGAACUGGAACAUGGAAAGCAUCAACCGACUCAAGUCCUCCUUCCGGCGCUUUGAUGAGAACGGAGACGGAAGGAUCUCGCCAGAGGAGUUGACCAAGAUUUUGACCCAACUCGGCAACAUCAGCGAAGAGGAGUGCCAAGAGAUCUUCGACAGCCUGGACCGGGAUGGGGACGGAAAGCUGUCCGUGGAAGAGUUUGUACAUUACAUUUUCGAGGGCGAACGCAAGAGUAUGGACGAUGGUGUUCUCCUGCACAUCAGCAUGGCUGAUGCGGGCUCGCUUCUGGAAGAAAAGAUGGACGAAAAGACCUUCGUGACCAAAGCUCAGUGGCAGGAGGUGGUGAUGCAAACCUGUACGGAUCCAGAGAACCAAUCUCGUGCCCUGGACUUCUUCGACGACUGUUUGAUCGACCUGGAGAACUCGGACCUGGCGCAGCAGGCCAUGAAUGAUAUGGUGAACGGCUGCGAGGAGCGGCGCCUCGGUUGGCUGGUCCGGUUUGCUGCGGAGCACAUUUCCGUUGAGGCACCGGAUGAAGCAGCUUGCCACGGGUGCUGUGUUGCUUGGGGACCAAGACCUGAGAUGACCGGAGACUGA